AAGUUCACGUACGGCGAUCCUGCGGUAUUAACUCGAUCCGGACUUAUAACUAUGAUUUUGUUCUUCGUUGAAGAGUUUAAUGUGGCGAGAGUUAGUUGGCGUCGGUAACAGAACAGACCAGCUCGUGUUAAGGAAGGCAUUUGAUCUGAAGGUGUCCCGUGCUGAGAUAGGACUAGCCGUUGAAGGUAAAAUCUCGGACAGUGGCUCUCACACCUGUGAGCAGGUAGAGUAGAGGGACAAGUGCACUCUCCUCUAAUCUCAGCAGAUUCGGGUGCGAGUCGUAUCAUAUCCGUCUCGGUGUCACUUUACACAAUAUUGGAGAUUUGGGACAAGUGUUUUUCGUUUGAUCUCUGUGUUGACCUGAGAUGUGUUAACGGUAUAUCUCCCCUACCACAGAUGGGUGAUACUAGCGAAGAUAUAUUAUCUCGGAAAAUGUACUGAUACUUGUGUUGGAUUACGCGCAGAAAUUUCUGCAGUGGCGCUGGGACGAUUGUUGUGGUGGAGCCACGCUGUUUCCCUUCCCAGACCGGGCGCGACACCCCAGUCUUUGUGGGUGACAGAUCAGACCGACUGUGCAUUGGUAUGUUCACUUGAGAGCGAACGGGUAGCGUUACCUUCCACAGUGGUUGGGUAGUUGAUUGUAGGUGUCUCCCGAGCCUGCAUUGUUCUUUCCAGUCAAUGAUCAUAGAGUUCAGAGCGAAACAAUUGCAUACGGAGAGUUCUCGCAUGGCAGACUAGCUAACCGCAAGAGCUUUUGCUUUCUCCCUGUCACACACUUAGGAGUGGACCAUACCGUCAGAGGGAUUGCCAGGGGCACACUCCCCGUCUCCUUAAAGAAGCCAUCCAUGAGGAUGAGGCUUGGUAUAGUCUCUCGUCAUUGCUUGUGCAUCUGUUGUACAACGAGCCCAUGGAUCUCUACCGUUGAUGUGUUAUUGCACCAGAGGACGUCUAUGGAUUAAGUCAGAUGGUGUCUGUGUUUCCAGCAGAAAUACAUUGGAUCAACACGAUAGUCUCCCGAUUUGGAUAUACUACCUAAUUGAAUAACGCAAGAUGGAUAUCAUCAAAACGGAUCCCGGGGUGUUUAAAAGAAAGUUAGCAUCAUCGCUGUAUAGUCAGUACAACAAAUGUACUUCUUCGGAGUCGGAAUCCAUGGCAAACAGACUUUCAGAGGAACUGGACAUCGAGAUGAGUCGUCUUCAGGACAUGAUGUCCUCUCUCGAGGAGCUUGACCAGGAACUGAUGGAGGACCAGCUGAACCCAAGGACUAUAUCAAAGCUUGAAAACAAAAAGGAUAUGAAAGCAAGACAAUCUAAAAGGGAUACCGUUAAGCACCAAGUCAAAGGACGAAGCCUUCAACAGAUUAAGGCCGGCAUGGAUAAAACCAAGAACCCCCGCGGUUCUGGUAUCCCUCUCUUUGUGGGUCAGGGGAGCAGCAGCGUGGGUAGCCCUGUCCCCCAUCGGAGUCCAAUAUCCCAUCGUGCUGUCAUCGGUAGUGAGACUUGUCUGCCCACCCCAGAUGGAAGAGGGUUCGGUGAUUUCCACACCCGGCAAAAGAUGGACCGAAACAUGAGUGGGGUGUCGAGCGGCGGACCCCCCGUCAAGGAAGACAGUGGCAGUUGGAGACUCAUCUCCCCGACCAGGGAGAGCGUUGCCCCCCAGUCCAUAAGAGCAGGGGACCUUAAGGAGAGGCACUACUCGCAUGUGGUUGAUACCGACUUGGGUGACCGGACAGACAAAAGUGGCUAUUCGUCUACCAUGGAGUAUCCCAUUAGGGGAACAAUGUCACCUCUUACCAACCAAAUCGUAGUGAAACGAUCCAUUGGUCCAGUGGAUGAGGUGUCUUUUGUAUUUGGGCGACCUGCCUCGCCCCGGAGCGAGAGGGCUUCUACAAGGUGCCUCUCUCCGAUCAGUGAUAAACGUUUUGCCACCUCUUCGGAUAUUUUACCUUUGAAGAACAGUCACAGCCACGGCGAUCGCUACCACCAGCCCUCAGUUGGGGCGGGUGGGGGAGGAAACAUGGGAGGGAUACUUUGCGAAAACUGUAACAGUUGCCUUAUAGACCUUAAACGUCAAGCUCUUCGACUUGUGUUCCCCGAUAACGAGGCUAAAGGACCGGCCUUGAAGGGUCUGUCCUUGGAGAAGAUCGAGGAAAAACUGCAAGUGCCUGAAAGUUUCCGCAAGUACCUGAAGCAGCUGCAGUGUGAUGUCUGCGAGACCCACAUCCGACAGCUGAAGCAGGAGGCCGUCGCCAUGAUCAAGUCCAUCCAACACGCUCAGUCAACGUCCGGGGCCACUGCCAACAUCCCCGCCCUCGUUGGGUCCUGCAACAUCUUCCCCACCCAUCAGAGGAUUGGGAAUGGAAGGUUUGCUCGUCAAGGCAAGAAUGUCUACUCUAACUGUUCCGGCCCAGGACUACCCAUCGCUGCCCAAGCACAAGCUUACCUGGAACAAAAUGUACGAGCUUGGAUCCAACCUAAAAAAUGUAACCAGAUGUUAACUGGUCAGUCCGGUCGGCAGGAGAAAAUGUAUGGCAGCCCGGAGACUGGUGACAUCAGUGGUCAGCAUGGACAUUCACCCCUACCUCAACCAAUCUACCACACGCCUUCCCCUCAUUGGCACAGUCCACCGCCUCAAGGGCAGAUAACUCCAGGUCAGCCACAUCCUGUACAGAGAGUAAUGUCCCCUGGGCCAGGGUCACCUCCGCCCAACCCUUCUGCUGCUGUUUCCUUCUUUGCAAGAGCUGCUCAGAAACUAAGCCGGAAAAAGAAGCGGCACCAGCCUCCGGAUCCAGAACCCCCACCCUUCCCAACCAGUUUCUGUGAUGUCAUCCGUCUAUCUCCACCACCAACGCCACCAUGUCUGCUGCGUGGAAUCAGCAGACUUACGAACCCAGGCAUGGGGAAGGUUAAAGUGAUGCUGAAAAUAUGUUCGCCAUCCAGCUCAACCCAAGGAGAGCAGGCCCACACUUUCCUAAACCUUGACCCUCGGAAGAAGCAAGUAACCGUUUAUGACCCGUCCGCCAGUGGUUACUCAACUGCUGCAAGCAGAAGAGGGGGAGUGACUGCCCCUAAAAUGUUUGCAUUCGAUGCUGUCUUCUCACCAGAUGACUCGCUGGCUGAGGUGUGUUCAAGCAGCCUUGCAGAGAUUGUUCAAGCAGUUGUAAAUGGUGCAGAUGGAUGUCUUUUCACAUUUGGCCACUCAAAGCUUGGUAAAAGCUACACAAUGAUUGGGAGUGACGAGUCAUCACAGACGUUGGGGGUGGUGCCAUGUGCUGUGGCGUGGUUGUUCAAGCUCAUCAAUGAACAGAAAGAAAAAACAGGAGCUCGAUUUUCUGUCCGUGUCUCCGCAGUUGAGGUCAUUGGCAAACAGGAAGUGUUGCAUGAUCUGCUUGCCGAUGUUGCUCAAAGUCAAGAGACAACUGGAGUAGGCACAGCUCCAGGAGUAUACUUAAGGGAGGACCCUAUCUGUGGUACCCAGCUCGAGAAUCAAAGUGAACUAAGAGCACCAACAGCGGAGAAAGCAGCCUUUUACCUGGAUGCUGCACUUGCUGCAAGGUCGCCUGUUGAUGAGGAAGGGAGGUCGUCCCAUGUGUUAUUCACUCUUCAUGUGUAUCAGUACCGUAUUGAAAAGACCAACACCAAGGCUGGACUUCCUGGAGUUGCUGGAGGGCGAAGUCGACUACACUUGAUUGACCUAGGAAGUACGUCCAAGUCGAAGGAUCCCAACAACGUUGCCCUGAGUCUCUCUGCCCUUGGCAAUGUCAUACUUGCUCUGGUGAAUGGACAGCGCCAUGUACCCCACAGAGACAGCAAGAUAGCUCAACUUUUGAGAGAUUCUUUGGGCAACAUGUCAUGCCGAACGUGCAUGAUAGCGCAUGUGUCAUCAGGAAUCUCCCGGUACAACGAGACGUUGCAGGUGAUUCAACUGGCAGCAAGGAUACACAGGAUGAAAAGGAGGCGGACAAAGUUCUCAAGCACAAGUUCUGAAGAUAGUUCUACCGAUGAGAGCAUCAACUUCCGCCGUCCGUAUCGAGGAUUUCGAAUGGGAACACUCCGGGAAGAUGUGCUGUAUUCGUCAUCACAUUCAGAUCCCGACUAUACCUCGAGUAGUGAACAGUCUUGUGAUACAGUUAUUUACCUUGGUGCUAAUGGACAGUCUCUGAGUGACCGUGAGCUGACCGAUAACGAAGGUCCACCAAGACAUGUACCUAGAACAAACCCUCGUCUUCCCAGACGACCAAGUGGGUCAAGGUCGUCAGGAGACGAAGGAUCAAAUUCAGACAGUGGACGAAGUAUGACAUAUUCUGAUACACAUAGUCGGUCCCCUCUAAGAUCGGUGACACCUGUGAAUGGCUGCGUGCAGAUGUACGGGAAACAGAUGCACUCAGCUCCAGGAUCUCCUCAACCAGGUGCAGUAUCAAGACGAGCCAAUGUGAGAACAAAAGCAGUUAUCUCACGACCCCAGCUACCAGGUGAAAUCAAAGAAGCUAAUGCACACUGGUCUGAGAAAGGAAGACAGCAUCCUCAGCAUCCACAGCAUCCACAGCAUCCUCAACAUCCACCCCACUCUCCUCAUCACUCCAGCAAGAGGGGUAUGAGGCCAAGCCCAGAUACAAAACCUCUACAGGGAGAGCAGUGGGUAGAUGGACCUGGGGCUGCUAUCUACCCUGAUAAGAAGGCUAGAGAACAGUGGGUAGAUGGCCCACAGGCAUUUGUUGUUCCACCAGAUACACCCAAAACUGCUUCUAGAUUCAACAGGAAAGUAAGCUCAGAGGAGCUGUGGGUUGAUGGUCCUUCAGAAAUGAUUGCUGGGCAGAAAAGAGCAAAAGACAAUGUGCCUCCAGCAGGGAUUGACCCAAAGCAGCCCAUGCAUACAUCAUGUAAAUUUGAGUUGAAAGAGGCAUCUGCUGAACCAAAGUCUUCGCCAAGCCAUCAGAAGACUUGUAGUAAGGUGCUAAAACAGACUCAUCCUAAACAUGUGCAAGAUUCUAAGGAGCGCCCAGAGAGCACAAUAAGCCUUGACAGCAAUCUCUCAACUAAAGCAGAAGCAGCUGAUUCUAGACCUGCAAGUAUGCUAGACACAGGAGAUGGACAGAAGGCUGAAGGACCUAAACCAGAACCUGCUCCUGAGACAAUUAAAGUGAAACCAUUUGUUCGUGAUUGGGUUCAAAGACAUGGAGUUGUUAAUGAAACACAAGGACAAAAUGAUGCUGAAACUGGCAUGUUCAUUGUAGACUCUGAUAACAGAGUCAUAGGUACAUUAGAAUCCAUGUCUGGUAACAAAAAACAAAAAUUACAUGAAGCUGUUGCAAAGAAACUCUUGUCCACAUCUCCAAAGCAUUCGCCCAAAAGUUCUCCUGCCUUGUCAAGGAAAGGUAAACAAGAAGCUAAGGAAAAGGAAAAACCUGAAAGUCAAACCAAACUGCAGAAAACGCAACUUCCAUCUCAACCCCACCCAACAAAUAGAGUGGCAGAGUGGAUAAAGUCUGUGUCAUUUGAGCAAGGCUUGGAUACUAGUGCCAAAUCUGAGAGUUCAGAGGUUGUGAUGGCUGAUGCUGAAACAAACACAGAACAUGAUUCAGACUUUGAAAGGUUGGCAGCAUCAGACUCAAUUAAGGGAAUAACAAAUGGGGCUGAUGCACAUCCUGACACAAGUUUCGAUAGUAGCAUGGACAUGGGAGAAUACAAUGAAAGCUUGUUGAAUCGUGAGUCCAUUUAUGAGAUUCAGGUGGAGGAGAAGCUGGAAGGAUUGAAGCGGGGAGAUGGGUCGAGGGUGGUGAAUGAUGUGCCUGAUGAUGAAACCUUCAGUAGUAGAUCACGGACUGAUGAUAAUGAUAAGGACUGUGAGAAUCAGCCUCUUCUUGAAUCUAGUGCUAUAGAGGAGCAUGUGCGUGCCCUCACCACAGGCUCCAGUUCAGUGUCCAAGGGAAUAAAGUCAAUGUGUGACAGGAAUACAUCUCCUGUGCCAUCUGAUUAUGACAAUGAGAAUGAUGUGUUACCUGAACUGUCCAGGCCACUGUUGUUGAGGAGACCUGAUGGUGCCUCCAACCCGAACCUUCUUAAGGAAGUGUUCCAGGAAGGAUUGGCAGAUCAGUUGAAGGACAAUUAUGUAAUAAGUGGUGAAAGUGUUUCCAUUGAGAUGAUGUUUGCUACAUCUAGUCACAACGAUUCUGGAAUCAGCAGUGUAUCUGAACUCCCUCCUACCUCAAGUUUCUCAAUGGGACCAUGUAAACCUGGAACUCCAGGCAUUGACUAUAGUGCUCAAGAUGUGCAAUCAGGAAAACUGGGCAGUUCAAAAAUGCCAGUACGAUCUAAACCUCCUCUCCCUCAGAAACCCUCACCAACAUCCAAGCCCAGCUCCCUCCCUAAACCCUCCAGUGUUGGCUCUGCUCCUUCAAGCCCAUGCCGACAAAUUUCUCCAUCAAAAAACUCUCACAAAGACCUCUCACCAAAUCAAAAAAGCAAAAGCUCUUCCUUGCCUGUUUCUUCACACAACGGUCGUAGCAAAGAGAAAGACCGAAACGGUAAAUCAUCAUCUCAGAAAUCUGUCUCACACCAAGCUGGAAGUCCUCCAGGCAACGGUGUGUCCAAAUCUGCAUCUAAAUCACCCAAAGCUGCCCAUAGUAAGCUACCCAUCUUUGGCUCUAAGACCCCAUCUCCAGUCAAGGAGUCCAAAUCUCGGAAAAAAGACAAAGAUAGCAAAACUAGCAAGAUCGGGAAUGGUCGUGUUUCAGAGCUUGUUCACAAAAACAAAGGAACUGAUUCUGAUAGUGGAAAUGACAGCGGGAUCGUGACUGUGGACAAGAAGCUGCUGUCUCCCUAUGCAACUGUAACAAAACCCAGGACACCAAGUCACUCUAGCAGUGGACAUGGCAGUGACAAUAGCAGCACCAUCAGCACUGACAUCCACUCAACACAUGGCAACAAGUCUGACAAGCUUCAUGGUGGAACCAGCAGUGGCUAUGAAAGCAUGCUACGAGACAGCGAGGCGACGGGAUCAUCAUCGGGAGAAGAAGAAAAUACAGAUGACAGUUCAGGGGAGAAGAAGAAAGGAUCAAAGCGAAAAGGAACUCGCCGAAGUCGGUCAGCGCCUGCUAGGUCUUCAGAGAGUCCCCCUGACAGUUGCAAGCAAAGCCCUUCUGUUAGUCGCAAAGCUAUGAGCCCGUCACCACGUGCUUGGGUGGACACGCGUCACAUGGGGAAGGUAAAGGAAGAACCGUUAGACAUCAAGAGCUAUGAUGCAAACGAUGUAGAGAGAUUUGAGAGACGCAGGACCGACGAGAAAGAGACCAAGUUGUCUGAGCAGCAGCGGAAGGAACGAGUGAAGGAGCUUCUCAACAAGCAGGAGGAUCUCAAACAGGAAUUGACAGCGCCAAAAGACCGCAUUAUGAUGGAGCGAAGCACGUGGAGCUUCGACUGUAAGUUUCUCAUGUGCUUCUCCUGUAAGAGCCGAUCGCCCCGGACCGAUGUUUGAUGUGUCACAUGACCUGACCUGCAGUAGCAUCAUGUCAGCACGCAACUGCACCUUUCGUGUUUUGUUCCAAGAGGAGACCAUACAAAUCUUUCUAGCACUGUCUCUCCAUCAAGCUUUGGUUGUAAUCCUCCACAGUCUCUGCUACCAAGGUGUAGCUGAAUCUCAUUGUUUUGUUUCUUACUUCAAUAUGUCUGAUGGGCAGGUUGAACAUUCAUGUGAAACUUCAAGGGUAGAUUUAGUAACGUCUCAUAAAGAAUCAACCUUCAGAACAGAUCUGAAACCAGAUUGUUUCAUUCUUGAUUUAAGUCGUUGCAAAAGGCAUUGACAAACUUUCAUUGAAGAACUGGAAUUGAUAUAGGAAACUGAUUGUUAGAAAAGAGCUUUUAUGAUGGCUUUUCCAAACCUAGAUGUACCCUUGAAUUUGUUGUAUUCAUUGAGUUAGAAACUGAUGACGACACCACAUUGUCUUGUAUUAUUUAUCCCUGACAGGUAAAAGAACUCCACAACUACAUAAUAUUUUGUCAUCGCACAUUUUCUUUGAGCCCUUGUCAUCAUUAUGAUCUCUAUGUCCUGUACUAUCUCCAUUGCUAAUGUACCUCACUGUAAAAAUUCGAGACCUCAUUUUGCAUCUAAAGUUUAUUUCAAGUCAUACUGACCUUAUGCAAAAGUGUACUACAUUAUUUUCUAACCACCUUUUUCUGUAUGCAAUUUUGAUAUUUUUUGUUAAGCAUUCGCUUUCAUUCAACCAAUACCUCCAGCGGUAUAACCGAGGUCUCUUGUUUGAUGUACAUAAUGUUUGAAUGCUAUGCAACAAUGUAUUUUAGCUCCUGUUGAUUAUGCAGUCCAAAUUUGGUGCAUAUUUGGGUGAAAUCGAUUACCACCUUGCCCUUGACAUUGGAAAUGUACAUUACCAUCUGAAAUGUACAGGUUUUGAAUGUAACUAUCCUCACUCUGUUAGUCUGUAUACAUUGUCGUAUAUUGCUACAGCUGUAUAAUGUCAGCGUUUCACCAGCCCAGAUGCACAGAAUAUUUUGUUGUUUAGGCGGCACUUUUAAGUAUAUUUUUCCUUUAGAAUUUUGUUGUCAUCCAUCCCUAGAAAGAAUUUUUUUCUUUACAAGAUGAUAUAUUUCCAAGAAAAUUAUUUUUAUUAAUAAAAUGUUUCUUUUGAAAGGAAUGAUUUGAUAAUUUCUUGAAGAAAACUGUAAAUAACAAUGCCCUUGACUGCUAUUUGUUUUGUAUUCAACCAUUGAUCUAAGAUAAAAUAUUUGUAAACGUGUCCUACAGUUAAACUUCUCAUAAUCUGUUAAGCUUGACUGGUUCUAAACUUGUUGAAAUAUAGAAGGUAUGUUGGUUACAGAUUUGAAUUUAUUUCAUCUGAAAUGUCUCGUUUGAUCAUUUCAGUGUUUGUGGCAGGGCUGCGCGAUAUUGAUCAGCCUGGUUAUGUUGAAGCACUAGAAAAGGAAACUCUUAUUUUGGAGAAACGGGUCCAAGCGUGUCAAUCACACAUCAUGAUUGUCACUUGUUUUGAUAGCAAUUCAAAAUCAAAAUCUCAUAGUGAAACAUCCAUAGUAUAGUCCUUGUGCUUAGUAACGUUCAGCAUUAGCUACUGAGAUUUGAUUUCAGUUUAACAAAAAGUAAUAAUGUACAAUUCAAAUUGUUAUGUUAUAUUAUAUAGUGUUAUGUUAUACAGAUUUUUAUCUGUAAUUAUUUGGGUUUAAUUAAAACGAAGUUUCGGUACAAUAGAUUGUACUCCAUGAAUGAAAUUUUAGCUGAAUUUUAGAGUGAAUGUACCGGUAUGUUUGUUGUAUUGGUUAGAAUUUUAUAACAAGAAGUUAUUGGUAUACAGAGUGCACAGUUAUUGCAUCUUGACACCUUAUUUUAGCAUUUACAAGCCAAAUAUCAAAAUUAUAAUAAACCCAGAGCAAGAGAUGUGGCACAGUCAGGGAAAUGGUUGCCAAAAAACAGUCAGUGUGGUAAGGGAAGUAACUCCACUCAGCUUAAUCAUGGUAACUGAUGAUAUGCAAUAUUAAUGUUAACACAACAAGAGAGGGUUCAAAACUGCUGUUAAACUUUUUUCACAUUUUUCAAAAGAAUGUUUUGUUUUUUGUUCAAAUUAGAAUUUACCAAUGUAGGUACAUCAAUACAAGAGCAAUUUAGAACAAUUUUCAAUGGGAAAUGUUGAUUUCAUUUCCAUGGUGACACUGGUGCUCUUUAAUAUUUGAACCUUCCUACAAUGGGGAGGGAAAUUUUAUAAAUUUAUAAAAUUUGAUAUCCCUCUCCCCUUCAAGGCCCAAUAUGCCAAAAUAUGUUGUACAUAUUUUUCUCGGGCUGAAAGUUUUCAUUGAACUGCCUUGGGGUAGCUUGUGCUGUGGCUUAGAAAAGACAAAAUUUGCGAUAUCUUGUAUUAUAUAUGGAUGACAAAACAAGGUCACCUCAACAGUGACUGAAUCUGAUGAAGUUGUCUUUCAAGUACUAAAGAAAUGUUUUGGGGAUUUCUUUGUGAAAUUCUGCCCAAAGAGUGUUUUUAUCAACUUUUAAGACUUGUAUGAUUACGUGUUCUGAUGGUGGUGAUAGCGUAUAGGUCCAUAACCAUUGAAUUGUCCUGUAUUUAUUUGUAUUCAUAUUAGAAUGAUGUACAAUUACUCUCUUUAUAUAUAUUACCAUGUGCAGAAUAAAAGACAGAUUUAAAUAUA